GUAUUGACUUUGCAACACGCAAAAUAGCAAAAAUGUUGAAGCCUCAGAAAGUGAUCAAACAAGACGGUGAUUCAUUUUAUAUUCAUACCACUAGCACAUUCAGAGAUUAUUCGCUUCAGUUCAAAAUUGGAGAAGAGUUUGAAGAAGAUAAUAAAGGCCUGGAUAACAGAAAAUGCAAGAGCCUAGUUACCUGGGAAAAUGACAAACUUGUCUGUGUCCAGAUUGGUGAGAAGAAGAACAGGGGCUGGACUCACUGGCUUGAAGGAGAUGACCUCCACUUGGAGCUUCGUUGUGAGAAUCAAGUAUGUAAACAGGUCUUCAAGAGAGCUUGAAUAUGUGUACUGGUUCCUACAUAGAGAGACAGCUACAUACAUGCAUCCUCAUGUCCAGUGAUGGCUGUACAGACAACAACUGGUUAUUUGUACCUUUUAACCUAAAUGUUCUGAUGUUUCUGGCUCAGGAAAUAAGUCUGCAGUUGCCAGUGUUAAAGAUCUG